AUGACAGAAGGACACAAAGGAAGUGUAGACGUAAAACCAUACAAGGAAGAUUCAAAUGAUUGCUACAAAGAGGAACAUGAAAAAAAUGAAUUGGACAAGUACUUAAUAAAUAUGGGUGACAUUACUGCAAAGAGUAACCUCAUUGAGAAUAGAGAAUUUUACAAAGCAAAAUAUGACGUGGUCACAGCAGAUUCUAUUUCAACCACGACGGAAGAUGUUUCUUGUUCUUUUCCCCUGGAGGGGAAGGGCUACGAUAAGGAUACGAUGCGGAUUUCGGAAGAGGGGGAGUACGGGGGUACUUUCCAGGAUCUAAUUUUGGAUGAUCAACAGUCCACCAAAGUUGACAAUGGCGGAAGUAGCGGCAGGAGUGGUAGCAGUAGUGGAAGGAGUUCUGGCGGGAGAAGCGAUGGAGGAGCCACAGGAAACGGAAGCAUCAGUAGCCUUGGAAAAACCUCCCGACCUGUUGGAAGUACCUCGUCGAGUGAGCGCAAAAUGGAUGCACCAAAAUUCUCUGAUGAUAAAGAUUUUUACCCAGUUAUUGCACAAGGCAAACUGACAAGAGGUAGGGAAUCAUUUUCAAUUAGAAAAAAUGAAAUGAGUAAAGGGAAGGAGAAGCAGUGCGAUAGUUUAUCUUCAGUGAAGACCCCUACCAGUGGUAGCAUUACCCACCAGAUGAAUGGGGUGAUGAACGAUUAUGCAGUUUCGCUAAGUGGAAAGGAAAACGAAAGCAAUAAUCACUGUGUAAAACAGAAUACACAAGUAACAGAGUUGCCAAAUGGAAGUACCAGUUCGUCACACCCACAUGUGUAUCCUUCGUACGACUUCAAUCAACUGAACCCUGUGAACAGUAGGAAUAAUGCCCCCCCUAUGUUUAACGGACUCAGUAUGGCGACAACGGUCGCAGGACAGAAAAGCCUUGGAACAGAGGGAGAUUAUACGAAGAUGAUCCUUCGAGGAAAUUCCAACCGUAUCAAUUGUUCCCAUAAAAAUGGAAAUAAAAAUGGUCUUAACGUUUUGCACUUGAAGAAUGGCGGGCGGUAUACACAGGGAGUGGAUCAGGAAGGUAGAGGGGGAAGCCCUCCCAUUGGGAGUGCCAUAAAAUUGAUUAAAGGAGCGCCUGAUCGUGAAAGGUUCGUUGGAAGCGUUAACAGUGGGAGAAACAUAAACGGGUUGAUAAAUCAGGAAGUAACCCGAAACGGAGAACCCCUUAGAAAUGUGAUAACCCUGAGAAGUGCCAACAGUUGGGGAGGUAACAAGGGGAGUACGCAAAGCUUGACCUUGAACGGAGUAGGCAAUAAUUUGCGGAACGUUAGUCGCACGGAAAAUUUGAAAAGUUCAUGUGGCCAGAACAGUGGCAUGUACCAUCUGAGUGUAAGGAUGAACAAGCUGAGGAGUAGUACGGCUGUGUUGAGUGACCCGGGGGAGGCCCCCCCCAUGUUGUCCUUGCAGGGAAUUCAUCCAAUACAGAAAGUUCCAUUGUUGCAUGCUACCCACCCGAUCCAUGCGUCACAUGCGUUACACGCAUCACCGCCGAUCAACCCCAAGAACCUUGCCCAUCUGCCGGAAGGCAACUUAAAUUACAAUCCCAAAGUCGAGGAUAAAAAGAAAGCAUCGAGUAUAAAUGGUGGCGACGUCAAAGUAGGAGCAAUGACACAUCCUCAUCUGAAGAAUAGCGUGGAGAACGCGAACGUGAAAUUGAAUUUGAGCAGGUCUCUUAGUAGAAGCUUCUCUGGUAGUAGCCAUAUCAUGAUGGAUUCUUUUAGGGAGAGUCCCCACCGUGUAGGAAGAAAUAUGACCUUCACGGGCAUGAGUUUCGAUAGGGAUAUCGGUCCACAUUUGCAUGGGGUGGUGGCUGGUCCCAGUGGAGGGCGCGUCCCAUGCGGCGUGGUGCCAAUCCGAGGAGACACUACAAGGGGCAUCUUCACCGGAAGCAUCAGCGGAAAUGUGAAUGGAAAUGUGAAUGGAAAUGUGAAUGGAAAUGUGAGUGGAAAUGUGAAUGGAAAUGUGAGUGGAAAUGUGAAUGGAAAUGUGAGUGGAAAUGUGAAUGGAAAUGUGAGUGGAAAUGUGAAUGGAAAUGUGAGUGGAAAUGUGAGUGGAAAUGUGAACGGAAAUGUGAGUGGAAAUGUGAGUGGAAAUGUGAGUGGAAAUGUGAGUGGAAAUGUGAGUGGAAAUGUGAGCGGAAAUGUGAGUGGAAUCGUGGGUAGGGAUUACCCUAUCCACACGUGCAGAGGAGGAGGGGUGAUAAAAAAUCCAAGCGACACCGGGUGUAGUGGUUACACGGGUUACAGCGGCUGCACCGGUUGCGGCAUGGCCAUGAUGAAAGAUCUGCCUACCAGACAGAUAGGUUUAAUGGGGCCAUAUAAAAAAGUAAAUGAAGAAUAUUGCAAGGUGCUAAAAAAUAUGGUACAGAGGAGGCAUCUCCUUGGCUACAAACAAAUGAACAACUGCAUUAGUGCUUUUGACAAUACAUAUCGAGGGAGGAAUGAUUUGAGAAAACCUUCCGCAACCUCCUCCCUGAGGAGUAGUGGCAUAUACAAGCCAAACGGAAAAGUAAAAAAGGAAAAGGAAGUGCAUCUACUAGACUUAAUAAUGAAUGAAGCAAAUAAACCCCUCAGUGAAAAAAAAAAAAAAGUACUAUCAACUAAAUUUGAAAUAAAGGCCUUUCUUCUGAAUACAUUAAAGGCCAUAGGAAUUGUACACGCCAAGUGGAAAUUGAAGGACUUUGGAAUGCAUUUCUGGUUCCACAUCAAGUCUAUCGAAAAGGAAAGGGACCUGAAUUUUUACGUAAAGUUUUUUGAUGCCUUGUUUGAAGUAAUCACAGGGAAAGGAAUUCAUUUUCAACCAAACGACUUAAACUCACUUGUUAGUAUUUUCAAGGAGUUCCAUAUCUACGACUGUAAAAAUAUUUUGAGGACCAGUUUAAAAGUAUUGAACAGGUACGCCAAGAGGAACUUGAAGGAUUUUUCCAUUCUGGAUAAUAGCGAGGAUAUCCUGGAUGUGAACCAGGCGUUGUUUAUUGGAAGGGAGGGUGAGAAUGGAGGAAUGACUGACUCACCCACUUCCGUUGUAACUACAUCGGUUGGUGCCACCCCCGUUGAAACCUCCGGAGAGGGUACCGGCACUGGUACAUCUAUUCCUUCUUCCCCGAGUACCAACAACUUCUUCGACUUCCUCUUUACGUCGAUCAAGGAAAAUCACGACGCACUGCAGAACAUGGGACAGGAAAAAUUAUACCUCUCAAACAUAUUUUCAAAUUUUAACGAGCUCAACUAUAGUCAACUCUUUCACCUGUUUUUGAGGAAAUGA